CCUUGCCGCAGAGCUUUCCAGAAGAAGGCUCGCCCAGCCUUCACACCGACGUCCUUCUGUGCAUGCUGCUGCAGCUGUAGUCCCAAGAUGCCAGCUCUCCAGCUGCUGUUGGUGGCCUGCCUGGUGUGGGGAACGGGGGCCAGGACAGCACAGCUCCGAAAGGCCAAUGAUCGGAGUGGCCGGUGCCAGUACACCUUCACCGUGGCCAGCCCCAACGAAUCUAGCUGCCCAAGGGAGGACCAGGCCAUGUCAGCCAUCCAAGACCUUCAGAGAGACAGCAGCGUCCAGCAUGCAGACCUAGAGUCCAUCAAGGCCAGAGUCAGAUCCCUGGAGAGUCUCUUCCACCAGAUGACCUUGGGCCGAGUUACUGGGACUCAGGAGGCCCAGGAGGGGCUUCAGGACCAGCUGGGUGCCCUCAGGAGAGAACGGGACCAGCUAGAGACCCAAACCAGGGAUCUGGAGGUAGCCUACAACAAUCUCCUGCGAGACAAGUCGGCUUUAGAGGAAGAGAAGAGGCAGCUGGAACAAGAGAAUGAAGAUUUGGCCAGGAGGCUAGAAGGCAGCAGCCAGGAGGUAGCAAGGCUGAGGAGAGACCAGUGUCCCUCAGGCCAGCACCCCUCUCAGGACAUACUGCCAGGCCCCAGGGAAGUCUCUCAGUGGAAUUUGGAUACAUUGGCCUUCCAGGAACUGAAGUCAGAGUUAACAGAGGUUCCUGCUUCCCAAAUCUUGAAGGAGAAUCCAUCUGGCCAACCCAGGAGCAAAGAGGGAGACAAAGGAUGUGGAAUGCUAGUCUGGGUAGGAGAGCCAGUCACCCUGAGGACCGCUGAAACAAUCGCUGGCAAGUAUGGAGUGUGGAUGAGAGACCCCAAACCCACCCACCCCUACACCGAGGAGAGCACUUGGAGGAUUGACACCGUUGGCACAGACAUCCGCCAGGUGUUUGAAUACAGUCAGAUAAACCAGUUCGAGCAGGGCUACCCUUCGAAGGUCCAUGUGCUCCCCCGGGCCUUGGAAAGCACGGGGGCUGUGGUGUAUUCGGGGAGCCUCUAUUUCCAGGGGGCUGAGUCUAGAACAGUGCUGAGGUAUCAGCUGGACACCGAGACCGUGAAGGCAGAGAAAGAAAUUCCUGGAGCUGGCUACCACGGACAGUUCCCGUACGCCUGGGGUGGCUACACAGACAUCGACUUAGCCGUGGACGAAAGCGGCCUCUGGAUCAUCUACAGCACGGAGGAAACCAAAGGGGCCAUAGUCCUCUCCAAAUUGAACCCAGAGAACCUGGAACUUGAGCGUACCUGGGAGACCAACAUCCGUAAGCAGUCUGUGGCCAAUGCCUUUGUUAUCUGUGGCAUCUUAUACACCGUGAGCAGCUACUCUUCCGCUCAUGCAACCAUCAACUUCGCCUACGACACCAACACCGGGAUCAGCAAGACCCUGACCAUCCCAUUCAAGAACCGCUACAAGUACAGCAGCAUGAUCGACUACAACCCCCUGGAGAGGAAGCUCUUUGCCUGGGACAACUUCAACAUGGUCACCUAUGAUAUCAAGCUCUCGGAGAUGUGAGGAGCCCCUCCCAGCAAAGGCCGGAAAUGGUGAAGUUCCCGGCUCCCAGGUGAAGCGACU